AUGUCGCAAACAAUUACUAAAACUCAAGUUCAAUCCUUGCUCGGAAAUUUACCAACCGAUCUUGUUUUGCUUGAUGUUCGUGAACAUUCCGAAUAUACAUCCACAGAUUUACCUGCAAUUCAUAAUAGUGCUAUUAAUGUUCCUGUUGCUACUGUAAAGAAUGUUUUCGAGUUGAGUGAUGAAGAAUUUGAGAAACAAGUUGGAAAGAAGAAACCAUCAAAGAAUGAUCAAAUUGUUACCUAUUGUAAAUUAGGAGGAAGAGCUCAAAAGGCUGCUGAUCAAUUGGUUGAAUUGGGUUAUACAAAUGUACAUUGUUUUAAGGGAUCUGCCUCUGAAUGGUAUUCUAAUUAA